CUUCGUGCGCGCUCCCGUCUGAAGGCGAAUGCGGUAGCCUACGAAAAAACAAGCAAGCAGCGCCGGAGAGACAAGACGGGCACAGUUUACCUCCACAUCACAAGAUCAUAUUUUGGAGCGGAAAUUUCACGCCCUGUCGGGUCGUGUUAUCGUUGAAGACAGCUGAGGAUAUUCAUAGGCAGGAACAAUAGGAUGCAGUGUAGACUUGGCUGGUGACUGGUCUGCAGGCUCUCCACUUCUCUUGUCCCUGGAGUCAGCCAGUUGGGGGGCAGAUUCCUGCGUUCCCCCUUCUCUCAGUCUGAGUCUUUGUCUGGACAAAACCGACUGCCCGCCAUUGGAGUACGCAGCUCAUCCUUGCCCGUGUUGCUUGGAUCAGCACAGCUCAUCUCCUGACUGAGGAGAGCGCAGCAGCUGCACAAGAUUCACCUUCUACCAACUGAUCCCUCCCGGCCCUGCCCACACUGCCCCGUCACCAUGGUGCUGUCACAGCGGCAACGAGAUGAACUAAAUCGAGCGAUAGCCGAUUAUCUACGUUCCAAUGGAUAUGAAGAAGCGUAUUCCACUUUCAAGAAGGAGGCGGAAUUAGAUAAUAAUGAGGAAUUGGAUAAGAAGUACGCUGGCCUUUUGGAAAAGAAAUGGACCUCAGUCAUCAGAUUACAAAAGAAGGUGAUGGAGCUUGAAUCCAAACUGAAUGAAGCAAAGGAGGAGAUCACCCUGGGUGGGCCCAUAACUCUAAAGCGCGACCCCAAAGAGUGGAUCCCACGCCCACCAGAAAGGUACGCGCUGAGUGGCCACCGCAGUCCAGUCACCCGCGUCAUCUUCCACCCAGUCUUCAGUGUCAUGGUGUCUGCUUCUGAGGACGCAACAAUAAAGGUUUGGGACUACGAGACUGGAGACUUUGAGCGCACACUGAAGGGCCACACGGAUUCGGUGCAGGACAUCUCUUUUGACCAGACCGGCAAACUGCUAGCAUCCUGCUCUGCAGACAUGACUAUCAAGCUGUGGGAUUUCCAAGGCUUUGAGUGCAUCAGGACCAUGCAUGGACAUGACCACAAUGUUUCGUCUGUAGCCAUCAUGCCCAAUGGAGAUCACAUUGUUUCUGCCUCAAGGGACAAAACCAUAAAAAUGUGGGAGGUGGCAACUGGCUACUGUGUGAAGACCUUCACAGGCCACAGGGAGUGGGUCCGCAUGGUGCGGCCCAACCAAGACGGCACACUGAUCGCCAGCUGCUCCAACGACCAAACGGUGCGCGUGUGGGUCGUGGCCUCCAAAGACUGCAAGGCUGAGCUGCGGGAGCACGAACAUGUGGUCGAGUGCAUCUCCUGGGCACCAGAGAGCGCCCACCCCACCAUCCAAGAGGCCACAGGCUCCGAGACCAAGAAGAGUGGUAAGCCGGGUCCCUUCCUGCUGUCUGGCUCCAGAGACAAAACCAUCAAGAUGUGGGAUGUUAGCAUUGGCAUGUGCCUUAUGACACUGGUUGGCCAUGACAACUGGGUGCGUGGUAUCCUCUUCCACCCUGGAGGCAAGUUCAUUGUGACCUGUGCAGAUGAUAAAACCUUAAGGAUCUGGGACUACAAGAACAAGCGCUGCAUGAAAACCCUGUGUGCCCACGAACACUUUGUUACCUCUCUGGAUUUCCACAAGGCUGCUCCCUACGUGGUCACUGGGAGUGUAGAUCAAACAGUAAAAGUGUGGGAGUGCCGCUGAUUUGGACCUUGGAGGAUUGGACCAACACCCUCAAUUACCCAGGCGCUCCUCUGGAUCCCACCUCCCCUCCUGCCAUCCCACCUCCUCUGUCACCCCCCCUCCCCCUCCCCCUCCCCUUACCUAAACCUCCGCACAUCAUCUCCUCCGGCUGCACUUACCACCAUGGUUAUUUACCCAUCGCGAUCUCUGGUCCAAUAACUAUUGUCCUUCUAUGUAAAUUAUUCCUGGAUGUAGAUCGAGCUAUUAAAUGUUACACAAAAAAGUAUUCUUGCAUGGUAAUCCAAAAUUGUAUACUGUAAAUUUACAUAACGUCUAGAAGUACCAUAGGUUUACCACGGGGCUGGCCGUCUGUCACGCAGCCUUACCGACCAACCGAAGGCAGAUGUUUUUGACUGGGUGUAAAAUGUAGGGCACUAAAAACCGAUAAUUUAAGAAAUGACAGUGUCUUUAUGUGUAAGAUUUAUUUUUGUCUAUUUUUUUAUUUAGGAUUUUCUUUUCUCUUUUUUUCUGUUAUUUCUCUCCUUCACUGUCGUAGUCUGUUGGUGCCUAGCUUGGUGAAACUUUGGAAAGAUGAGGCUGGAAAAGCAUAUAUGAUGCGAUAAGAUGCGAUUGUCUGUGGGGCUUUGUUAUUGAAAUAAUCUGUAGCUUUAUAACAUCACUUCUCAAGUGUGCAUACCAUUUCUCUUCAUGUGGAACUAGGUAAUAUUUUAAUGGCUGUAUAUAUACGAAUGUUUCAAACUGUUGUCCUUGGACCUCGGGGGCUUAAAAAAAAGCUUUGUACUCUUGUCACGGUGGCACAUGAUCCACUGUUAGGCUUUAGAUAAAUUAUCCCAUUUAAUGAAUCUGCAGCAAAGUUAAAAUGUAUAAAAGUGGCUUUGUGAAUAACCGCGCAGAGUUCUUCACAAGAGGCCCAACGUAGAGAGCAAGUUUGUUUGGCUUCCGCGUCACAGUAUCACCUGAGCAGAGUUCAGGGAUUACACGUGAUUAAUCUCCAGCACUUGAUAAGGACCUCCAGAGGAUCUCCUGUGACAUUGCGUGUGAGACUUUUGUUGAACUGAAGCCUCUGUCCACUUCUAGUCCCCUGAACGGUCGGUCUCGGCAGGGUUCGGUGUGUCAUAGGAAAUAUGUAAAGUCAGAAGAUGCUCAGUUGUCCCGCGGCGCCUCUGAAGCCUACAAACAGAAGCCUUGUGUAACAUAAACCCGCUAAAGAGAAAACAUAAAGGCAUGACGAGGAGUCAAAGUGAGCCCCCUGGGUUUGAUAUCUGGGAUGUGCAAAGGUCUCUAAUUUCUGAGGGGUGAAAGAUAUGUUCUGCAUAAUAAAAAUGGUUUUGAGUAAAAAAAAUAAAAAUUAAAAAAAAUCAGUUUUCUGUGAAAAUAUGAAAUGUAAAUUUAGCUUGUUAUUAAGAGAUUUGGCAAUUUUGUAUUAUCGCACUAAAGGAUGAACUGGAUGGGAAUUUAGGAUUAGUGAGGAAAUGAUAGCAGACAUGCUAAGUGAUCUGUGGAUGCUGUUUUGUCUGUAGAAGGGUCUGAUGCUUUUGUUGUUGUAAAGAGCUCCUCGCUGUAAUAAGAGGUGGUGGCAGCUCCUGGAUCAGAUAUGGAGGGGAAUGCGAAAAGCCUGAGCAGCGAGGAUCUCUACAGACAAACUCACCUCACACGUAUGCAAACGUCUUCUGAGUGGCUUUGCUCAAACGUUCAGCUAUUGAUCUUUGCGGCGCUGUAACUGAGAGACUGGAAGUUAAACUGUAAACCAGUACGAGCUGUAGAAACAACCAUUCCACUCUCCUUGGAGGACAAAAGAAAUGAAACAUCUUGCUUCUAACUGUAGCUGACAAGGUGGUUCAUUAAUCUUGCACAUCCCUGUUUUCACUAAAUCUUUGGUCCUUUAAUGAUGAUCAAAGACAUUAAAAUUUAAUGAUGUUGAUAAAUGCAUAAACUUAUAAUUUCUGAUUAGCCUUUUCAUUCCAAUGCAGUUCUUGGCUAAUAAAGAAUUCCACUGCUUAACUGAUUUUCUUAUCUUUGCGUCUUUGCCACAUUUUCCUUUUCCUGUGUGUACUGGAUGUGGUGAUCUGCUGCUCAAGCUCCUGCUAGUGGCUGCUGUGAGCCUCGUGUGACCUGUUGAUGUAGCACUGCGGCAUGUAAACCUGCACCAGAGGCAGAGCUGUCCGAACAAUGUUCUUCUUAAAGCUCAAAUACUGGAUCCUAUCAGAGGCCAAUUGGUUUGAAUAGUGAGGUGAGACUGUACUUAAAGUAGUUUUGUGGGGAUACGCUUAUUUGCGCUCUUGUUUGCUACAGGAGAAUAUCGAUACCACUCUAAAUGUGCAAAAGAACAAAGAAAGACGGACAUUUCAAAUGCAUUUUGAAUGGUAAACGUCUGUUCAGCCACUGUGGAGAUAUCAAUGUCUAAAGUCAAGAAAAAUGUCUUGCCUGCAAAUUUGAGUGCGUAGGUUUCAAAGAGUUUAACAUCAGCAGGCUGACUGCUUUCAACAUAUUGACCCAGGGAGACAUUGAAUAUUGGAUCUAGGGAAAAAACUUGGCUGUGAACAUGAAACCAUUUUUCUCCUUAAUGUGUCAUUAGGAUGACAGUGAAGCCGGUUAGUGUAGCUUGGCACAGAUACUGGGAACGGCUGGAAACGGCGAGCACGGCUCUGUGCAAUGCUAACAAAAUCUGCCUGCCAGCACCACUAAAACCCAUAAUAAACGCAUUACAUAUUCUUUGUUUCAUCCGUACAAAAAACAUGAUAAUAUGCGAUUUAAACUCUUUUAAUGUAAGAGUUUAGCAAACAUUUCUUGAAGGAGAAUGGUGAAUCAAGAAUUUUCCCAGCAAAAAUUAAAACGGUAUUAGCUGACUAAUAUGUGACGAUUUCACAACAUGAACAAGUAACAUGCUGGAGAGUGAGAACAUGAGUGCGAUACAUUUUCUCGGCAAGAAAGCGGAUAAGUGUGUUUCUCCAAAUAUAAAACUAUUCCUCUUAACAUUUUUGUGCCCUGGGUCGUCAGGCUUGAUGAGUUCAGACAGCUCUGUUCAUUGGUUUUGUUGUGUGAUGCUAUUUGAAGGAGGUUUCCCUCCUUUUCUGUAAAUGCAAUGGGAUUGUGGCAGACUAGGAUGUCCCAAAGGAGAGACCCUCUCUUUCAGGGAAUAUAACUCGUCUCCCAUCGAUGUGUGCGCCCUUACUAAGGUCUUAUUAUUUUAUACAAGCUGUUUUCUCUGUCAUAACUUCUGAGGAAAAGACUUUGGGUGGAGAAUCAGCUAAUUUUGUAGUACAUUUGGCAUGACUAAUGAAGAUGCCAAUGUUAAAUGUUCUAGCUGAAGCCAAAAAUGGAGACAUUUGUCAGUACAAUCUGGUUUAGUUUGAGAAAUCAACCUCCUUUUGUUGUUGAUGACGAACGCUAGUCUCCUCAGGAUCACGCUAUGACAUGCCAGACCAUAAAAUGUAAAUUAAAAACGUAUUCAUCUGGUUUACUCAAGGAAGGUGGUUUAUGAAAGGUCAGGACGAUGUGUGUUCUGCUUCUUUUGUAAGAAUCAGUGGAAAAAGCUACAACACAGCUGCUGGUGUUGUAGGCAAGUGAUGAAGAGAAUCCCCUUUUGCCAUUUGCAGGUCCCAAGCAAUCCCUGUUCUGCUCUGGUCUGGUGUGUGAAGGGACUGACAGACACGUUCUGACUGUCUGUAGGUCGCUUCCCCCGGCUCACCUGUCCUCUGUAACCUGCCUGUGAACCACAGCCGAGAGCUUCAGACUGCACAACAAGCUCCUACAGGACAGCUCAUGAUGUUUUCGCCAUUAAGGUGUCACUCUUCACUCAGCAAACUGUUAACAAUAUACCUGGAUGUCAUUAUUGUUUGCGAUAUAAUAAACGGAAAAAAAAUG